AUGCCUCCCGCGCGGAAAGGCCCUUCCAGCGGCUCGCGCUGGGUGGCCAAGGGCUCUGCGGAGGCCGCGGAGGCGAAGGAGCGAGCCAGUGUCGAGAAGGCGGCCGACGAAGGAGGAGGAUCGGCGCCAGCGGGUGUCUCCGGCGUGUGGCGCGAGCCGCGGCGCGGGAAAGACCAGCGCUCGUGGGGCGAGGAUGACCACUGGUCCUGGCAGGAGGACUACGGCCAGGAGGCCAGCCGUGGCGGCGGGAGGCAGCGGCCCCGCGCGGAGCACCCGCGGGGUGUUGGCAACCCGGGCAGCUGGGGCGAAGGCGACUCGAGCAGCUGGCGGGGCGCUCGCCCGUCCAAGGAGCCCAGCUACGGUCGCGACGCGUGGGAGUCGGACUGGCGGCGCCCGGGCGGCCGAGAGAACCGGCGACGCCAGGAGGCCGACGACCACUACUGGGCCGAGGACGAGGUGGAGCGCGUGCUUUCCUCGCUGCUCGGCAAGUGGAAGGACGGCGCCGCGGACAAGCAGCCCUCGGAGUACGAGGUGACCCACUGCGUUCUGGGCAAGAGCCUGACCGUGGAGACCUGGAGGCCCGACGGCCGGACCCUGUUCACCAAGGGCCUCAUCCGGAAGUCGCAGCUGGGUGACAGGUGGGUCAUCGCCUGGGGCCGCGACGGAGCGGACCCCACAUUCGUGCUCAGCACCUCCUCGGGGUCAAGCGGAUCCCACAGGACGCGAGCGCGGUGGGUCGCCCCGGAGGGGACCAAGAGGCCCUUCGAGUGGGUCCGCGACCCGCUGGAAGAGGCCUCCCCCGGCGUCGCCUCGGAGGGGGACCCUGCGCUGCCCUCGCGCUCUUCGCGGGAGCCAGGCGCCAACCAGGCGCACGGCGCCGGCCUCGGCGGCGAGGACGCCGCGUCGCCGCCGGCUAAGAGUUGGGCCUCCGUGGUCCGCGGCGCAGACCGCCCGCUGACCGCGCUCGCCGGCCCCGCUGGCAGGCCCGACCGGCCAAUUUCAAUAUUUUCGUUCUUAUUCUUCUGA